AUGCUGUGCUGUGGAGACCGUGAGAAGGGGGAUGUAGCUAUCGAGGAGAAAUGGGACUACGUGAACUUGGACGACUUUAAAUCCGAGUCUUGUUGGACCGGCUUCUCAUAUUUCUUCCUAUGGGUGUUUCUGUUUAUCUCGAUUGCAGUCUACGGCGUCGAUACAUUUACUGCAGUCAACUUGCUGGCUUUCUCUCGAUGGUCUGGUAGAGUUGAACCCGCCAUUCCCUUCAAUAUCUCCCGCUGGAUCUUCGCCGCCUGUAUCAUUGCUUCGUUCGUUCUUUUGGCCUAUCGAUGGAUACAUGCCAUCCGAGCCAUCCGCUCGGGUAGUAUUACCCGCAGCUUUCUGGACCCGCUGGCUGUGCGUAUUCAGAGUAUUCGCUUCGGCAAGCGGGGUCGUGGAUACAGGAGAUUCCUCGUCUUCGCCGAAUUAACGAAAGACAGGAAAGCAGCAGAAUAUGUUGCUCUUUAUGCAUACUUCUCUUUCCAAUUCUGGAUGAACACGAUCUUUGCAGAUGGUCCGCGUCAAGUUCUCAAUGGCAUCACUCUCUAUUCGGUCAUGCAGAUGGACCUCCUCCCUGGAGGUAAGAAUGCAGCUCACGACGAUGGAACUUCUGGAGCCAGUCAAUUCUUCAACAACAUUAAGAUUCUAGCCGAGGAAAACAACCUUCAAGCUGUGGUCUUGUUUGGUAUGCUUUUCACUCUAGUCAUUUGGGUUCUAUCAGUCCUCAAGUUGAUAUCGGCGAUUGUACUCUAUUUGAUCUUCCUCUUCCACCAUAUCCCAGCGGAAGACGGUACUCUGUCGAGGUACUGCCGGCGGAAGGUUGGCCAACGGCUGAAGCGCAUCGUGCACCGCAAAAAUACCAAGGCCCUGGCAAAGGGACUCAAAUUACAGAACCGAGCACCCACUCAGCCGAUGCUGGCAACAGAUUCGAACCCGACUCUGCCGUCUCUCGCCGGGGAUAAGACCCCCACAGUGGCUGUGUUGUCACGAAGUACCACCCAGACCACUUUGCCACCCUACUCGCGAUCGACUUCUUCGACAGCACCGGCGCACAACCCAACACUGCCGAAUCUGGACUUUGAUGCCAAACCAACACUGGCUCGAACUGGAACUUCAUCUUCAGCAUUGUCCGAGUCUUCUUCACUAACGGGCAAUGCGGCUGGAAUGGGAUACACCCCUCUUGGUCGCCAGAACCCGACGCUGCCACCGGUACCUCCCUUGCCGGCUAACGUUCCAUCAAGGAUGGCCACUCCUCAGUCUCGAGCGAGCCCUGCGCCAUAUGGCAAUGAUGGUCGUCAUAGCCCCGGUCCUGGAUAUCGCAAUCUGACCGAUAGUUCUGAUUCUCGGCCAUAUCAGGGUCACACCCCGGCGCCCGAUUAUACUUCGGCUGACAUGGACGCUUCCGAUGAUCACGAAUAUUUCAACAGUAACCGUGCACCUGCUCACUACGACCCCUACGGUCCUCCGAGAGCUGCAUACAGUGGAGAGGACGGAUACGGACCUAGAUACGGGCCCCCCGGUGGCCAAAGAGACGCGCCUCGUGCACAACAAGAUUACUACCAACAGGAUCCAUAUUCAACACGAUCCUACACGCCCGCCAGCACUGGUGGGACACCUGCUCCCUAUCGGACCAACACCCCGGCAAGCUACCGCCCUACACCUCCCCCACAAGCAGCCGCAAUGGUACAGCCUCCACCAAGGACGUUCACCCCAAUGAGUUCAGCAACUCCCCCUCCUCAAAAUGGUGGCUAUGCAGCUUUCAACCCAUCAAUGCGUCAUCAAACACCUCAGCCUCGCUCCCAGGCUCCUCCCGGCCCGUCCGGCUAUACUCGAGCAAACACAGCUUCCCCCUCGGUCAUGCAUCGCGCUCCACCAGGGCAUACAUUCAAUCGCUCAAAUACCCACCAAUACUGA